CGCUGCCCGCUCUAGGCCCUGUCGCGCGGCGCCGGCCCCACGUGAAGCCCGGCUGCUGGAAGGCGCGGUGCGGGCUCACGAUUCCUUGGCCCCGCGGGACGCUCGGACGGCCGCUGGGCUCCGCCUCGCGGAGCCAGGGCCGCACUGCCCCUCCGCCGCCGCGCCUCUCACGCCCGCGCCGCGGCGCCCGCGCAGGCGGGAGAUUCAAACGGCGCGAGCGCGGUGGUCCGGGUGCGCGCGGCCGCUCGGGCAGGGGCUGCGUCUCUUCCGCGAGGAGGGUGGUUUUGUCUGGCAUGCGCUUGAAGAAGGCGGUUUGCAAAGCGGGGAGGGCGCCCUGCCCGGAAGAGGUUGGGUGGUGCUGCGGCGAGAGAAGCCCCAGCGUCGGCGGGCACCGCUGUGGACCCUUGGGAGCCGUGUGUCUCGAACUCUGCAGCAGCUCAGUCUGUCAAGCAAAUUAUUUGUUGGCCAUCUAUUCCGUGCUGUUCUUGCGGGGCUGGGGGACAGUAGUGACAAGGGCGGGCUCCCGUCGCCCUCCUUACCGAGCUCUGGGGUUCCUUGGAGAGACCUCAUGUGGGUCCAAAGUUAAGGUCCAGUGUGAUCAGCGAACUAUGCCCUUGAGCCCGGGCGACGGACGCUACUAGGGAGUCAUUCAUUCAUCAGAUAUUGACUGAACUCCUCCAUCCACGUGUGACUUGUGUGCCCUAGCAGAAGUUGAGUAUGUGGGAUGUUAUGAUAAUCCUCACGGGAAAGCCCACCCUGCCAAGGAGGCUCAGGUCUUUCCAGAAUCUCCCUCUAUUGCCCAGGCUGGAGUUCAGUGUUGUGCUCUCGGUCACUGCAGCCUCCGCUUCCUGGGUUCAAGCAAUUCUGCCUCAGUCUCCCAAGUGGUAACUUUCAUAAAGUAGUGAUUCCAACGGCUAGUGGAAGUUGUGGCUCCCUUCCCCCAGGAAAAAUAAACACAUAGGCCCAGGCACAGCUUGUAUACAACGAGGAUCCCUGACUUUUUCAGGACAGGAAGAUGCCACCCAAGCGCAUAGCUAAAAGAAAGUCACCCCCAGAAGAUGCCAUCCCCAAAAACAAGAAGGUGAAGGUCUCACACAGGUCCCACAGCACAGAACCCGGCUUGGUGCUGACACUGGGCCAGGGCGAUGUGGGCCAGCUGGGGCUGGGUGAGAAUGUGAUGGAGAGGAAGAAACCGGCCCUGGUAUCCAUUCCAGAGGAUGUUGUGCAGGCUGAGGCUGGGGGCAUGCAUACCGUGUGUCUAAGCAAAAGUGGCCAGGUCUACUCCUUCGGCUGCAAUGAUGAGGGUGCCCUGGGAAGGGACACAUCAGUGGAGGGCUCGGAGAUGGUCCCUGGGAAAGUGGAGCUGCAAGAGAAGGUGGUACAGGUAUCAGCAGGAGACAGUCACACAGCAGCCCUCACCGAGGAUGGCCGUGUCUUCCUCUGGGGCUCCUUCCGGGACAAUAACGGUGUGAUUGGACUGUUGGAGCCCAUGAAGAAGAGCAUGGUGCCUGUACAGGUCCAGCUGGAUGUGACUGUGGUGAAGGUGGCCUCAGGAAACGACCACUUGGUGAUGCUGACAGCUGAUGGUGACCUCUACACCUUGGGCUGUGGGGAACAGGGCCAGCUAGGCCGUGUGCCUGAGUUAUUUGCCAACCGUGGUGGCCGGCAAGGCCUUGAACGACUCCUCGUCCCCAAGUGUGUGAUGCUGAAAUCCAGGGGAAGCCGGGGCCACGUGAGAUUUCAGGAUGCCUUCUGUGGUGCCUAUUUCACCUUUGCCAUCUCUCGCGAGGGCCAUGUGUAUGGCUUUGGCCUCUCCAACUACCAUCAGCUUGGAACUCCAGGCACAGAAUCUUGCUUCAUACCCCAGAACCUAACAUCCUUCAAGAAUUCCACCAAGUCCUGGGUGCGUUUCUCUGGUGGCCAGCACCAUACAGUCUGCAUGGAUUCAGAAGGAAAAGCAUACAGCCUGGGCCGGGCUGAAUAUGGGCGACUGGGCCUCGGGGAAGGUGCUGAGGAGAAGAGCAUACCCACCCUCAUCUCCAGGCUGCCUGCUGUCUCCUCAGUGGCUUGUGGGGCCUCUGUGGGGUAUGCUGUGACCAAGGAUGGUCGUGUUUUCGCCUGGGGCAUGGGCACCAACUACCAGCUGGGCACAGGGCAGGACGAAGAUGCCUGGAGCCCUGUGGAGAUGACAGGCAAACAGCUGGAGAACCGUGUGGUCUUAUCUGUGUCCAGCGGAGGCCAACAUACAGUCUUAUUAGUCAAGGACAAGGAACAGAGCUGAUGAAGCCUCUGAGGGCCUGGCUUCUGGGCCGCACAAACUCACAGAACAGGGAAGCAGUGACAGCUGCCGAUCGCAGCAGGCCUCUCCCCAGCCCUGAGCACUGUGUCAGCUCCUGCCUUUUCCCAUCAGCAGAACAGAAUCAUUUUCCUCUUUUUCUUCCUCCUCUUUGGAAUUCUCCUGGGACCUACAGAAUGAAGUGGGGGGAUGGACAGGGGGUUUUUCGGAAGGAACAUGGCUCACUCCAGAGCUAUAUGGUUGGAUGUUUCUCCCCUCUUCCCCACCUUCCAUAGUCCUGGCUGGCCCUGCUUUGCCUACUAGAUAACCAAAACUUCCCUGGGGUUUGGUGCCUACUCUGAACAGUUGGGACUCCAUCAAGCCCCAUUCUAGUCAUGUGCCCCUUUCCUGUCCCUAACAAUCCACAAACAAACAAAUGGUACAGUCAUAAGACCCAUCUGUCAUGGACUCACGCCCAGAGGAACGUGCAGAAAAAGCAGAGCUGCAUGGCUGUGGGCAACUCUAAGCCAAAUAUUUGGCUCAGAACAGGUGUUCAUAGGACAAAAAAAGUGACCAAGAAAAAAGGGGUUCUCCCGGAAGCACAAAGCAUACUCUUGCCCCUUGGGCACUGUCUGUUGUACACCCCACCCAACCAUUAGGCUUCACCUGCAGCCAAGGGCCUGGAAUUGCAAAGAGUAGCCACACUGGGUAAACCAGGGCAUGGGGUGGGGAGAGAGGGUAGAGGGUUUUAUAAACAAACUUUAAUAUUGAAAGAGGAAGGACUGAGGGAAGGACAGAGUGUUCAAGGAGCAGAGACUAGUCCUGAGAUGGAAACAGUAACUUGUACAGUGGCUGAGAAAAUAGAACAUAGUUUUUGAUUUUUUUUUAAUUGUAAAUAUUUUGGAGGGGAGAGUGAAAUCUUUUAACACUUUUAAUAAAUUUAGAGUUUUAUAAAAUA